AUGAAAUCUCUUCGCCGCAACCUGAAAUCUUUGCAGAAACCAUUUGUCAAUGGAUCCAGUACCUUAUCCCCGAGUGCCACGCUCAUUCAUGAGGACGGAGAUAGGGAGCAUGUGGAUGAGCAUGGUGACCCAGACGGUGGAGACGACGACGACUGGAAAGGCCCAAUUGGAUUGAAUCUUCUCCAUGAACCUGAGAACCCUCGUGUUGAUCUUAUUUUCGUUCACGGCCUCGGUGGUGGCUCGAGGAAGACUUGGAGCCUGACAAAGGAAAUGAAGCAUUUUUGGCCGAAGAGUUGGCUUCCGGAGGACUCGGCAUUCGAGAAUGUACGCAUAUACAGUUUUGGCUACAGUUCCGACUGGCACAAGGGCAAAGACAGUGCAAUGAACAUCUACGACUAUGGCUUGUCGUUACUCACGGCCAUGGAGCUACGUCCAGGCUUUGGUGCGGAUGAUGCGUACAUGCUUGCAAGGCUGAAUCCACAGUAUGACGAUAUAGCUAAACGAAUUUCCACCUUUUAUUUCAUUGCCACUCCGCAUUUGGGCUCGGACUCGGCUGAACUUUUGACAAAAAUCUUCCACGCUGCAUACGGUUCGCGCUCUUAUGUCUCAGACCUCGAAAGGGGUUCUUCGACAAUUAGGGAUAUCAAUGGCCAAUUUCGUCUUUACGCAGGCGAUCUAAAGUUAUGGUCAUUCUACGAAACUCUGCCCCUUACCGUAGGAUUUCUCAGCAAGAUUAUUGUAAGACAGGAUUUCGCCGUGCUCGGGUACGGAUCGGAGAAACAAAUCCCCAUGACUGCUGAUCACCGGUCAAUAUGCAAAUUCAACUCGGUGGCCGAUCCAAAUUACAGGAACAUUCGAGAUGCUCUCGCAUUGACAGUUCGAGAACUCACUGGAUCAGGCCAGCGGUUAAAAGCAAAACGAAAGUACGAACAAAUGAAGACUUUGAGGGAAUACUUGGGAGUGGCUUCAACACCAAAAGAAGAUCUAACUAUUGUUCAAGAAGCUCGUCUAUCUGGGACUUGUGAAUGGCUUUCCAGUACGGCUAGCUACAUUCAGUGGAGAAAUAAUCCCAGCAGCGGCCCAGCCAUUUUUUGGCUUGGUGGAAAUCCAGGGGCUGGCAAAUCCGUUCUGGCGGGCUAUGCAAUCGAAAUGCUAGAAGCGAUGGGUGCGGAGGUCAGCUACUUUUUCUUCAAGUUCGGAGACGAAUCGAAGUCGAAGCUGAAUACCUGCCUUCGGUCCAUUGCUUUCCAAAUGGCGAGCAGGAAUGAAAGUUUGAAGGAGUUGCUGCUAAGCAUGCAUUCCGAUGGCAUAGAAUUUGAUAAAGGCGAUGAGCGUACCAUAUGGAGGAAGAUAUUCCUAUCCGGAAUAUUCCAUACCCCCAUCCCACCUCAGUAUUGGGUAAUUGAUGCCCUUGACGAGUGUACCGACUUUGUUUCUUUUUUCGGUCCAAUGCUGGCUAAAUUGGAUAAUUCAAUACCGAUCCAUAUCCUUAUUACAAGUCGACCAACUGCUAUUCUUCAGCAACAGUUCUAUAGUCUUGGGACUGGGCGCGUUGUCUGCGAACAAAUUUCGGCAGCGGAUACACUCCAUGAUGUCAGGAUAUUUGUUGAGGAAAAGUCCAUGUUGCUUGACGUAGAACCGAAUUAUCGGGAUUCCCUGGUAGAACGGAUCUUAGCAAAAUCCAACGAUAGCUUCUUAUGGACGGCAAUAGUUCUCAGUGAGCUCCUGAACGUGCAUGGCCAGGAAGACAUCAACCGUGUGUUGGAAGAGGUGCCACAAGAUAUGGAACCGUUGUAUUCCAGAAUACUCGAAACAAUGUCACGGGCAAAGCAUGGAAAGCAGCUAACCCAAGCGAUUCUAGCUUGGUCAAUUUGCGCUCAGCGGCCCUUAACUGUACCGGAGCUUGAGUCUGCGCUGAAUCUUGAUCUUAGUGAUACCUUUCUACACUUCAGAAGGAGUAUCAAAGAUACCUGUGGCCAGCUUGUGAGCAUCGAUGGAUUUGGGAGGGUCCAAAUAGUGCAUGCGACAGCCCGGGAAUUCCUCGUGAAGAAUGGUUUGCAGUCUGAGUUUGCCAUCAAUGUGGAGGAAACGCACACUCGGAUCGCUAAAACCUGUCUCCUCUACCUUACGGGCCCAGAGAUGGAACCUCCUCCUCCCCGCAUGCGCACUUCAGCUUCCUUGACGCGGAAAAUUAGAUCUGAAUUCGCUGUUUAUGCCAUUCACUCAUUUUCGGACCAUCUGGCUUAUUCAAGCCCGACUGCAGAUGACGUUCUUGACCUUCUGGACGCCUUCCUGAGUAAGAAUAUACUCUCCUGGAUUCAGGUUGUUGCCGAGAACCAGGACCUCACGCCGAUGUUCAAUGUCUCCAAGAACCUUAGCACGUAUCUUGAUAACCUUUUACGUGCUCGACCUUUGGGAGAAAGUAGAAAGCAGGCUAUUUGGGGCUGGUCGAAAGAUCUCAUCCGGAUCCCAACGAAAUUUGGCGACGCUAUGUUGAGCUCACCAGCCGCGGUGCAUCAGGUAGUCUUUCCAUUUUGUCCGACUGAAUCCGCCGCGUUCAGGGCAGUGAUCAGCGACAAAGAUGCCUUGAGUCGGGGAAAUCUGAGCACCACUGAGCGAUUAAAGACUUAUCAGUUCGAAGCCCGUGGAACUUUUUGGAAACGGAUGGUUGGUUUCUUCUUAGCUGUAUUACAGUAUUCAGUAGCCGUCCUAAGCUGGCCGGCUUGGAUAUACGAUAUUGUAUUCCAAUCCCACCCCAAAGAAUCGAAGGUGGACCAAUCAACAGCCACUAGAAACAAUAUGCUCUCGAUCGUUGGAUAUUCGAACACUAGGUGGGAUGAGCUAUUCUGUUGCAUUAAAUUCAUAGGCAAAUUAAGAGCGACGGUGAUAGGGCACGGAGACGAGCAUUUCGCAAUUGGCUUUAAUUUAGGGUUAAUCAUACUCUACGAAGCAGCUACUUACCAGCAGUACAGAACUCUUGAUCAUGGCCUGAAAUCUCUAAAGAAUCUGGUAUUUCAACGGGGAACAGAUCUAAUGGCAUCGCACUCGUGUUCGCUGUGGGACUGCGGCACGGUCAGGGUUUGGAAUAUUCGCAGUGGGGAAAUUAUCCAUCAAUUUGAAUUCAUUGAGGUUCUCUUCUGGCUCAGCUUCUACAAGAAUUCUCUUUUAGUCGUUUGGCGCAGUGGGGAUUGUGUUUCAUCUUGGAGCUUGACGGAUGGAUCCUCCCAGCCUGAUCGGCCGUUCGAUCAACUUAAAAGAGAAGCUGUGGGUAGGAAGCGAGGGGGUGUUUCGUGCAUGUCAAUGUCGCCUGAUAGGAAAACAUUGGCCAUCGCUUACCACAGGGCUGCAGGUGACAAAAAAAGUUGGCCCAUUACGCUGUGGGACCUCGAAGACGAUACAAACAUUGGGAAUUGUGGGAAAGAGAGUGAUGAAAUGGAUGUCCAAUGUCUUCUUUUCAACCCGGAUCCCAACUGUGAGCUGCUCGCAGUUCAUUACAAUUCACAACCGGAUGGAGAGCUCAUUAUUCUCAAACCCAUUACCAAUAAAAUCCUUGAAAUGGUACCCGCAGGGACGGGCGUCAAAUGCCUCUCCUCUAGCCCCGAUGGCCAUAUACUUUUGCGUGCAUGUAGCGAUCGCCAUAUCGUCGUUUAUGAAUUCAAGACCCUAAACGUUUUAUACUUCAUUAAGACGGGAUGCUUUGACUAUAGUUCCGUCAGCUUCGGAAAUGAUAAUUUUUAUUUUUUCGAAUGCAAUGAACUCUACUGUAAUGUGUGGGAACCGGCAGUGCUGCGCCAGAAACGACAACCAGGCGUUGCCUGGACCAAGCCCAGUGUAGAGUCCGCGGUGGCUAAUGGACUUCUUUCGAUUUGUUCCAUGACCAUCGAUCCAUCUGGAAAAUUUGCAUUUUGCGGCACCAACGACGCCUCCGUUCUCCAAUACGAGCUAGAAACUGGAAGUCUGGUGUGCCCGUUCUACAAGCUCGGUGAAAACAUUGUCCAUGCUGUUGGCUGGUGGCCAAAGGGCGAGGUCCUUAUAGCUUUCCAUACAAAGGAUUAUAAAAACGGCUGGUUAACGUCUACCAAAUUGAAGAAGACUGCACACUGGGAAAAGGAAGGCUGGGAAGCUGAAAGGAAAGGGGGCUUCUUGGUUAAGCUCCCUCAUGACGAAUUUGGUAGUUGUCAACUUUUAAUCAGCCCGGACGACGGAAAAUGCUUGUUUGCAACCACAAAAAGAUCCUAUCUCGUAUCUGUUGACGGGAAAAUACAGUUUGCCAAAGAAUUGAGUGAGAUACGAUGGGUUCAACAUCCGUCCUCACCAGCUCAUAUAAUUGGCGUAGAAGGAGUCAGCGGUGGAAGGAGCAUUAUUAGUAUCUACAGCUGGAGUGACUUGACACCCCAAGCCUACGUUUCCUUUGACACUGACCUCCGCCCCUCCGCAACCUCACCUACGGACUUCUAUGGCAUUUGUGGGAACCAAAUGGUUGUCCACUUGAGAAACGCCGGUGUGAAUAAUUUGCAACACGCUUAUUGUUUCGACUGGCCGUUUCUAAAGGCCGAAAGCGGCUCGAACAAUGAUAUUAUGCCUCGAAUGGCGCCCAUUGCUUUAUUAGAAACAAUCCACCUCGUGCUCGGGAUUUGGGAAUCAAGGCUCGUCUUCUGCAAUAAGGAUGGAUGGGUCUGCUCUUUUCCGUUAGAAAACAUUCACGGCACCUACCAACGCCAUUUUUUCAUUCCCAGGGAUUGGAUUAACGAGGGUCACGCUCUUUAUGCUGUCACAGCGGUGGGUGAUAUUGUAUUAUGUCGGGAAAUUGAACUUGCUAUUGUCAAACGUGGACUAGAAUAUGUAGACAGGCAUGAAAAUGUGGUUGAGGCUCUCGAUAUGAAGCCGUCUUCGGUUUCUGUCAACACUCUAGUCGAGAAAGAAACUGACAACAUGGCUUUUGUGGCUAUACGGCUACCAUAG